AUGCAGUCGUGUCAAGCAAGCUGCAAGUCAUACAGCUGCAACUGCCAGCAAUCCUGCGCUCACGUCUGCGGAGGAUCUUAUGUCAAUGCUUGUACCUCAUGCAUGCAAACAUGUCAGUCUGGCUGUAGAUUCGGAAAUUGUAAUUGUCAGCAGGCCUGCGCUAUUCCAUGUGGAGCUCAGACUCAAGCAGUGCAACAGGCUCAAGCGGUGCAAACAGUAACGGCAUCAUCGUGCGGCGCCUGCCUACAGACCUGUCAAGCAGGUUGCAAAACCUACGGCACUUGCAACUGCCAACAGUCGUGUGCUCAUGUCUGCGGAGGGAGCUAUGCAGUACCACAGCCAGUACCGUUCAUGCCACCAGUACAGCCUGCACCAACGUUCACCAUGCCAUCUGUGCCUCAGUUCUCUACGCCAUACUGGCCUCAGUUCGCCCUAUCACCGUGCCAAAAACAGUGCGUACAAGAAUGUGGCAAUUUCUGUGGAGCAUCAAGAAUGUGCUUGAACUCGUGCCAAACUGCAUGUGGCGCUCAAUGUACUCAAGUUCAAUUUAACAACUGUCAAAGUUCAUGCCAAAAUCAAUGCGGUGGCGUCUGCACGACAUCGUCAUGCUUGAAUUCCUGCAACGCUCAAUGUCGUUCUUCAUGCAACACUUGCACUCAGAAUCCUUGUAUCAACAUGGCCUACUUCACUGCCAAUGUCAGUGUGUCAGCAGACUUGUCAAAAUUACUGCAUGAAUAA